UAUCGAUAGACCGGGAUGUAGCUGAAUAUCGCACAGAGCUCUUGAGAAGGAGAUGUCAUUAGGGUGGCGCAGUGGGACACAAAUGAGAGUCGAACCUCACCACCCCGCUAGCUCAUAGCUCGCCAUAUAAAUCAUGGGCCUUGGAGCCUCCAUGAAAGCUGCAAGGAGGAGCAACUCGAGAGUUUCCCGGAGAUGCUUGCUUGGAGACUGGCGGCGCCCACUCUUGCACGUGCACAACGUGUUCAAGGAGAGAGAGAGAGACUGCAGGUAUUCCUCGCUGCUUCUUCCAGCUACUAGGAGGAUUUGUUCUUCAUGUAUUCAUUCCUUGUCCAAGCAUGCAGUUGUGGCAGUAGAGUCUUUCUUUGCCAGCAAAUGUUGCAACAUUUGUUUGUUUGAAUGGGCAAUAAAGUUUGUUGCUGUUUGACUGGUGCACACCUCGAGACUCGCAGUGGAAAGGUGUGUGCAGCGUGUUGACCAAGAGGUGGGUAGGUGCGAGAUGAGGGGUUGGGUCACUAGAGACUAGAGGGCGCUGCAGCCCUCAAGGAAAGUAAUUAAACAGAAACCCUGCCACCCACUUCUUUCAUUUGUACACCGACUGCUGGCACCUUGUGAGCCCACGACUGACUGUCCAACACAACCUUCAACACCACACAUCGUCCAUCUGCACAGGUGUGUGGGGCUACUUCAAAGCACCCGGCAUCGGCUGUGUAGAGAAAUACUCUCACAACAGCUUCAAGACUAGACAUGGGCUACGUGUAGAGAAAUACUGUCACAACAAGACUAGACAUGGGCUGUGUGUAGAGAAAUACUGUCACAACAAGACCAGACAUGGGCUGUGUGUAGAGAAAUACUGUCACAACAAGACUAGACAUGGGCUGUGUGUAGAGAAAUACUGUCACAACAAGACUAGACAUCGGGUGUGUAGAGGCUGUGUGUAGAGAAAUACUGUCACAACAGGACUAGACAUGGGCUGUGUGUAGAGAAAUACUGUCACAGCAAGACCAGACAUCGGGUGUGUAGAGGCUGUGUGUAGAGAAAUACUGUCACAACAAGACCAGACAUGGGCUGUGUGUAGAGAAAUACUGUCACAACAAGACCAGACAUCGGGUGUGUAGAGGCUGUGUGUAGAGAAAUACUGUCACAACAAGACCAGACAUGGGCUGUGUGUAGAGAAAUACUGUCACAACAAGACCAGACAUGGGCUGUGUGUAGAGAAAUACUGUCACAACAAGACCAGACAUCGGGUGUGUAGAGGCUGUGUGUAGAGAAAUACUGUCACAACAAGACUAGACAUCGGGUGUAGACAGAGGGUGCAGGACACAAGUGAACACCACAGACUUUCUACGUUGUCAAAAGCUUUGCGCUCUACCGCGAGGUUGAAAGCAGAGAGCAAAGAUUAUUUCCACCUGGACUCACCUGUUAGGCGCACCACUGACCUCUUUGACCCACUAUCGAACUCAGGUGAGUUUGCAGGUCUCCUCCACUCCGCUGGACAAGUCGCUCAGAUGAGCUCUGGCAACUUUCCCCUCCUUGCUGUGGAGGACAAGACCAAAGAGAAGUUACUUCUAGUGGUUCACUAGGCCAGUACACCUGGGAUAUGACAGUCGUCCUCAGGUACACCGACAGGUGACAUCAGACGUGUGGAUGUUGUGAUGGUGGGAUUUCUCUCGGGUGUCAUGUCCGCACAAGUGGGUGUUGUGAUGGCCACUCUUUAUCGCUGAUUCGCCAGGGUCCAGCUGUCAGCACGUGAUCGCUCACACCAUUGACCUCAUCAAAUAAUAUUUACAGCAAAGUUGCGAGAUCAGCACAAACCAAGUGUGAACCUGAUACAGUGACCAGAAGUAGAGUUAUCCCCAUGACAACAGGACCAGCGCCAUCUCUCACAGCACGAGAAGUUCUAUUAUCCCCAUGACAACAGGACCAGCGCCAUCUCUCACUCCACGCGAAGUCAGAAGCCCGGACAUGAUGGCGGAGUCGGGGCACGGUUACUACUUUCAAAAUGGCAUCUGGCUGAACCGAGGGGAGACAAGUCGCAGCGACCGCUAUCAGAAGUGGACAGACGACAAAAUGAACUCCAAGGUGGCGCAGCUGGACAAGCAACGUCACGUGUCCCUGGUUCGCCUCAACAGCGAGUGUCUACAGAUGCGCUCACAGCUGCGGGGUCUGCAGGAUGAGAGGCGGCGGCGGGGGUCAGGCCUGGAGGGGUCACGCGAGGUUGCCGCCACCUCGCCCCCCAGUGUGACCCCAGGGUCACUGUCCAGCACCACGCGCACCACCACAAUCAGCAAGUCCGCCUCCACCGGCACACUGCUUCCCUCCACCGGCACCUCCCCCACCAGGAAGGGGCCGGGGGCUGCCCCCGGAGGUGGGGGCAGGGGCGGAGGAGGUGCCCCUGUUGACGUGGGGGUCAGGAUGAGGUCCAUGCACAGCAGCAGAAACCUCAGCAAGCUCAAGAAUGAAAUGAAGGUCAACUGGAAGUGACCUGUGGGUCAAAAGGUAGCGCAAGGGGCAAAGGUAAGAUGAGGUGGAUGUGGCCGCGGCCAUCAGGUGCUGAGGCUAGCCUGUGUCCACAGUCCAGGUGUUCACAGUCCUCUAGGCCUCCACAGCCACUGUGAACACAGCCUGUGCUGCUCACUUGCUCUGUGAACGCUGAGUUCAUGACACGCUCCAACAGCUAAUGUAGGGGCGAUAACAGUUAGUCCCAACACGUGACCUGGACACGUCGUCACGCUUGACCGGUCUGUGUGAAGACGAUCUGUGCAGACACGCGUAGUUUUAUUUCUGGUGUUGCCUGCUAAGGAAUCGACCUCCACACAAAUUAUUUUCAAGCACGCGCAGCUGACAGCUUGCCCUCCAUUACACUAUCUACAUGUGUAGAGUCCCGUCGUGUUGUCUUCCCCUUGUUUUGGACUCAAGAUGGUUGACUGCACUUCAGUGUCUCAGUGUUCGAGUCUCACAGCCGCAAGUGGGAUCUCUUGUGGGAUCUCUCGUCACGGAAGAUAAAAAACAGCAAAACAACAGUCGGCCUCAUACACGAGCCGCCAGCGUCUUGGACACGAGGUGUGGAAGCAGACACGUGCAUCAGACGAUGUGAGAAAUGCUGGGAAUGGUGUAGAGUAUAGAGCAUAGAGCAUAGAGCAUAGUAGAUUAUAUAGCAUAGAGUAGAGAGUAUAGAGGAUAGAGCAUAGUAGAGUAUAGAGCAUAGAGAAGAGAGUAUAGAGCAUAGAGGAUAGAGGAUAGAGGAUAGAGCAUGUAGCAUGUAGCAUAGAAUAUAGAGCAUAAAGUAUACAGCAUAGAGAAUAUAGUAUAGAGUUAAGAGUAUAGAGCAUAGAGUGGAUGCAUAUAGCAUAGAGUGGAUGCAUAUAGCAUAGAGUAUAGAGCAUAGACCAAAGAGUAUAGAGCACAGAGCAUAGAGUAUACAGCAUAGAGUAUAGAGUAUACAGAAUAGAGUUUAGAGCAUAGAGCAGAGUAUAGACCACAAAGUAUAGAGUAUACAGCAUAGGGUAUAGAGUAAACAGAAUAGAGCAUAGAUUAGAGAGCAUAGAGUACAGAGUAUAGAGCACAGAGUAUAUAGUAUAGAGUAUAGAGCACAGAGCACAGAGCAUUGAUGCAAAUAUAAACAGAAAUGACUAUACUAAGGACUAUACCUUCUACGGUAUGACUACACCUUUUACAGGCUGUAGGAAUGAGUGUAGAUACAGUGUGUGUUGUGUGUAGAGUAUUAAAAUACAAAUAUAUUUUGCUUGAUAUUUUAUUAUCACUAAACUUGUAUUUCAUUAGAAAACAACUGGUAGAGAUGUCUUUGUACAGUGCGACUUGGUAUGUAGAACACUUAUUAUACAGUAGGUAGAACAUUAACUGUACCUAGUGAAAAACAUUUACUGUGCCUAAUGUAGAGCAAUUACUACUACACCUAAUGUAGAUAUUUACUGUGUCUAAUGUAGAACAUUUACUACUACACCUAAUGUAGAUAUUUACUGUGUCUAAUGUAGAAAACUUACUACAUGUACUACACCUAAUGUAGAACACUUACUACUACACCUAAUGUAGGUAUUUACUGUGUCUAAUGUAGAAAACUUACUACAUCUACUACACCUAAUGGAGAGAAAUUACUACUACACCUAAUGUAGAACAUUUACUGUGUCUAAUGUAGAAAACUUACUAUAUGUACUACACCUAAUGUAGAUAUUUUCUGUUCCUAAGAACAUUUGUAAUGUUUAGAGUAAAUCCGAGUGUGGUAAUAAAGUCAUAGAGUGCA